UGAUGAUUGGUUAUCAAGAAAAACGUGGGUCAAGAAACGUAACUCUUUCGCUGAGUCGGAUUAUUGAUAGUAAGAAAGUCAAAAUUCAGUGCAUAACAACGAUGAGAUUGAUUUUUGAUGAUUGCCAUUCAUCUCAAGAAUCUCUGGAUAUGAACCACAAGACCAUUGUAAUGAUGGAUUCUGAAUUUAAAUAUAACAUGUGAACAGAUUUGUUGGAAAAUACACAUAAUGGAAAAUGAAGGACUUAAACAUGGACAACCUGAUGCCGCAGGGCAUGUUAAUGAUUUUGGUAUUGCUUAUGACAUCAGUGACGGGUCUAGCAUAUCUCAGCCACACAAACUGUGUCUAGUUACUCAACCUACUAUAUCUAGUGAGUCAACACAGGCAAACAACUCUUUUGCCAUGGAGAUUCAGUAUCCAGGCCUGUUGUUGCUGUCCCAUCUGUGCGAGCUUUCCUCAAAACAGAUGGAGCUUAAUGGAACACAGAAUGAGACAGUGAAGGACACAGCAAAGAGGUGUUCGCAGUUGAUUAAUAGAGGCAAUCCUCAACACUCCAUGGCACCUGCUUGUGUAAUCAUGGAUACCAAACCAGUUGUAAAUCACCCAGCAGUCACUACAGAACAUGUCAACUCACUGCCCAUAUUUACUGCCACAGCCUUGCAAGAUGCUGAAGAGAAUGAAAGCUUCAAGUAUAUCCCUGAAGCACAGGCAGCUGUAAAAAAUUCUAAAGAAAAAAAUAAUAGAAGAACGCAUACAUUACAAUUUCCGCCAUGUAAGGUAUGUGGCGGAAAUGCUUCUGGGUCGCAUUAUGGAGUUAUCAGCUGCGAAGCAUGCAAAGGGUUCUUCAGACGAUAUCUGCUUCGUGUUCUGGAUUACAAGUGCACUAAGGGAGGCUACUGUGAAAUAAUUAACAGAAACCGUGGAAACUGCUCCAGUUGCCGUCUGAAGAAAUGCUUAGAUUUGGGUAUGGCGAAGGAGAAAUCAAAGCUUGGUCGCUACACUUUGGCAAAAAGAACUGAGACAAUUAGAAGUGUAAAUAGACUAGAGGGUAAGGAAGAAAGUUCAUCAGAGUCUGAAAGCAUGUACUCUGUUGAAAAUGAUCACAGUAAAAAUGAUGAUUUUGAUCCCCAGUCAGAAAUGAUUACUCGAAAACUUGAAGAAUAUUGUGAUGAUGGCCACCGUGAAUUUCAGGAUUUUUCGGAUGAAAGUGUUAAGGUUCUCAUGAAAAAAUUGGAUGAUCUGUUGCCAUUUGGUCCUGUAAUCAUAACUGAUGAACAAAUUGAGGCAGCUUUAUGUAAUUAUUAUGAACUUCAUCAAAAGAAGCAGGAAUUGUAUGGGUCAAGGAAAGCCAUUUCCAAGGAAGAGCAUAAUGAUUUGUAUAAAAACUAUGGCAUUGAUGCAGAUGGACGCAUGGCUUAUGUAAAACACUUUGAGCCACUUGUUGAUGAAUUCAUAGGCAGGUUUUGUAAUUUUGCAAAGAAAAUUCCACAGUUCCAAUCCCUGUCACUGAAGGACAGGUGUAACAUUUUAAAAACAGGUCGUAUGGAUUUUUUCUUGGUUGUCAUGCACAAAGGCUACAGGAAACAGUAUGGUUGUUAUUUGUCAUUUGAUGGUGAGGCGUAUCACAUUGAUGAAUAUGUGAACAUGUUCUUUUCAAAAGAAGCUUGUGAUAGAAUUGUUAAAAUAUUUGACAAACUACAUGAACUGAAUUUUUGUCGAGAGGAAAUGGCAUUAGUUUCAACUUUAUCACUACUCUCCACUGAUCGAUGCAAGCUUGAAAACCCAAAUUUGGUUGAACUGUUGCAAUUGUCUGCUACCAGAUGCUUGCAAAACUUUUUGAAGAUUCAACACCCCAGCAACCACCAGAAACGGUUUGCGAAAAUAAUAAAUUGUCUUGUCUCAAUGAGGGAAUGCAGUGAUUUUUAUUUGGAAGAGUACAAUGAACUUUGCAAGGACAAAGUGUUGGUGGAAGAAGUGCCAAUAAUGGUAGACUUCAUGACUGAACCUAUAUAGAGAUUAUAACAAAAGCCAGCUUAUGUAGAACACCAUCAUUUUAGCUGCUCUGAAAUUCAUCAUUCUGCUUAUCAUGACAGCUGUAUUUAUUCUUAUGCCAGUUUUUCAAUUUUAUAAUAUAUUUAUUAUACAAUAAUAUAUAGCCUCUUUUCCUGCAUACUGUGCCACUUAAGAGUUAAAUAGACUUUUAUACUUAACAAAAAGAAUUCCAACACAUGUAUGUCUUAACUGCAAAAGAAAGGCAAAAUAAUUUACAUAUCGAAUAUCUCAAGAGUCAAGUCACAGGCAAAUGCUAGGAAUGGACCCUAGCAAUGCUUAUUUGUUCAUAAUUUUAUCUUUCCCAUUAUUCUGUUCAGUCAGUAUUUCGAUAGAACAAAACAAAUAUUGUGUAAUAAUUUUCAAAUAAAUUAAUACAUAAAUUAUUUAAUGCCCUUUUAAACACCAACAUACAGUUACAUUGUGAAUAUUAAAAGUUAUUGGCAUGUUUAGCAAAUUUUGUUAAUUUUUACCAAAUAUUUUUCAAAAUACAAUUAGAAAAUUCACUCAUGUUGAGCUAAAAAACAAAAGCUGUGGCAUAGAAUUAGCUAAAUUAAGAUCAAUAAAUAAUUUUUUAUCAGAGAUAUUUAAUAAUUUCAAAAUGUUGGGGUGGCCGAAUAUAUAUAAAUGGAUGGAACGAUUGCUGUUAUAAAUACAAUCAUGUAAUAGGGAUGUCUUUUUUUGAGUGCUAAUUGUUUUUGUGUCUAGUUUUGAAAAUAUUUGAUAAUUUAUGUUUACUAUGCAUGUUUAUACAUAAUCUUAUAAUAAGGUUUACUAAAUAUGUUGAAAAUUAAUGUUUUCUAUGCAUGUUUAUAUAUCAUCUUAAAAUAAGGUUACUAACUGAUUUGUUUUCUGAUGAUUGUAAUGUUUUUAAACCCUUGUUAGGAUACAGGUCAAAGGUGUCACAAUUUUGCAGGGGGAAGAGUUCAUAAGUUCACAACACAGUAUAUACACUUAACAUUUUAUUUGCACACUAUGAUAAUAAAUAUAUACACCAAUGAAUAAGUCUCUCAUACUACUUGUCUCUUUACAUCUCAACGUUCCAUUCCACUCUCCCCAGCCUCUCUCUCAACCUGGCUUUUCAAACAAUUCUGCCCACCCUCCCAUAUUUGGAUGUGUGGACAGACACAGAUAGGACCUAACAUUUAAUUGGUAUUUAUUAUUGAAAGUGUUGACAUAUUUUACAAGCAGACUCUGCGAGCACCAGAACAGACCAGUGUUGCUAAUCUUUAUUACAAAAUGAUGACCAACUGGUAUCCUGUUCUGAUAACAAAUGCCCACCAUGCCACAUGGCAUCAAACAGAGCAGUCUAAAUUGAAAUCAUAUACUAAAAUUACAACACUCCCCUCACCUUAGCUUCUUAAUUGUCCUCAAUUAAGCCAAAUAGUUGCAUACAUGACUAAAUAGCCAG